AUGGCAAGAAGCCCACAGGAGGAGUACCUUUCACCUGAGAUCGUGAACCGGGGCGUUGAGGGCUCCGGACCCUACGCGGGCUCCCCUAGCUUCUCUGUAAGGGUGCACCGUGGCCUGCCCGAUUUCCUCAGCUCCGUCAACCUCAAAUACGUGAAGCUCGGGUACGGGUAUCUCAUCAACCACGGCUUCUAUUUCGCGUGGCUCCCGAUUCUCCUGCUCCUUUUUGGCACACAAGUGGGCAAGCUAACAUGGGAUGUUUUCCAUUUGGAAUGCUACAACCUUGUUAACACACUUGUUUUUAUUGGAUUUUUGACCUUGUUUCUAUAUGUAUGUCUUGAUUUAACUCCUCGUGCCACUUAUCUCGUCGAUUUCGCAUGCUAUCUCCCACCAAAUGACCUCAAGAUCACAAGAGAUGAAUACCUAGAACUAGCCAAGAAAUCGGGGCAGUUCAACGAGAAAGCGCUCGAAUUCCAGCAGCGAGUUCUCAAGACUUCCGGGAUAGGCGACGAGACAUACCUUCCACGAGUGGUGUUCCGGCCGGGCUACACAAAAGACCUGAGCGUGGGGAGGGAGGAGGCGGCAGCAUCCAUGUUUGGCGCGGUGGAUGAGCUCAUCGCCACCACGGGCAUCCGCCCCAAAGACAUAAGGAUUCUAAUAGUCAACUGUGGGGUACUCAACACCACCCCGUCCCUCUCAGCCAUGGUGAUCAACCGCUACAAGCUGAGGCAUACCAUCCAGAGCUACAACCUAGGUGGCAUGGGCUGUGCCGCUGGCAUAACCGCAGUGGACCUCGCUGACGACCUCUUGAAAGCCUACCCGGGCUCGUACGCCUUGAUAGUCAGCACAGAGGUUGUCAGCUUCACCUGGUAUGGCGGGAACGAGCUGGACAUGCUGCUCCCCAACUGCUUCUUCCGGAUGGGGGCCGCCGCCGUGCUGCUCUCCAACAACCGCCUCGAGCGGUUGCGGUCAAAAUAUCAACUAAACCAUGUGGUACGGACGCACAAAGGAAUGGACGACCGGAGCUAUAGGAGCAUACAGCUCAAGGAAGACGCGGGAGGAAAGCAAGGACUGUCAGUGAGCAAAGAUGUGGUGGAAGUGGGAGGGCAUGCUCUGAAGGCCAACAUUACCACACUAGGGCCACUGGUGCUGCCUGUUUCCGAGCAGUUACAUUUUUUCAAGUCGCUGGUGUGGAAGAAGAGCAGCUCGUCCAAGCCCUACAUCCCCGACUACAAGCUGGCGUUCGAGCACGUGUGCAUACUGGCGACGAGCAGGAAAGCGCUGGACGAGAUGCAGAAGAACCUGGACCUGACAGACGAGUACAUGGAGGCGUCAAGAAAGACGUUGGAGCGGUUUGGCAACACGUCGAGCAGCAGCAUCUGGUAUGAGCUUGCUUACUUGGAAGCCAAGAGCAAGAUCAAGAAAGGGGACAGGGUGUGGCAGCUGGCUCUGGGCUCCGGCUUCAAGUGUAACAGUGCUGUAUGGAAAGCUAUCAGAACUGUUAAGCAUCACAACAGAAACCCAUGGAAGGAGAAUUGAACUAUCAAUUUACAAGGCAGCAUCAUAUAUCUAUCUACUUAGAUAAAAACAUUCAAUAAACUUAAUUAAUUUCAUGGAUAGUGGUAUGAGUUUACUGCCCACUCUACUUUCUGAUUGUAAAACUAUUUCAUUAUUGAUGUUAAUUUUUCAGUGUAACUUUCUUCUGGAAAUUAAAUACGGAGUAUUGCUAAACAA